UCUCUCUCUCUUCCGUCAAGAUCUGAAUAUCCUCCGUCAAGGGAAAAAGAAAAGGAAGAGAAGGAUGUACGGAUUCGAGGCGCUUACGUUCAACAUCCAUAGCGGAUACUUGGAGGCGAUCGUGAGAGGCCACCGUGCUGGUCUUCUCACCACCGCCGAUUACAACAAUCUUUGCCAGUGUGAGAAUCUUGACGACAUCAAGAUGCAUCUCUCCGCUACCAAAUAUGGGCCUUACCUCCAAAACGAACCGUCACCUCUGCAUACAACUACAAUUGUGGAGAAGUGCACUCUCAAGCUUGUUGAUGACUAUAAGCAUAUGAUUUGUCAAGCAACUGAGCCUAUGUCUACCUUCUUGGAGUACAUCAGAUACGGCCACAUGAUUGACAACGUCGUGCUGAUUGUUACUGGAACCCUCCACGAGAGAGAUGUUCAAGAGCUGAUCGAGAAAUGUCACCCUUUAGGCAUGUUUGACAGCAUUGCCACACUGGCAGUUGCUCAGAACAUGAGGGAGCUCUAUAGGUUGGUGCUUGUGGAUACUCCUUUGGCUCCAUAUUUCUCUGAAUGCUUAACUUCAGAGGAUUUGGAUGACAUGAACAUAGAGAUUAUGAGGAACACGCUCUACAAAGCAUACCUUGAGGAUUUCUACAAGUUCUGUCAGAAACUUGGUGGGGCAACAUCAGAGAUUAUGUCUGAUCUUUUGGCCUUCGAAGCUGACAGAAGAGCUGUGAACAUCACCAUCAAUAGCAUUGGCACUGAGCUUACAAGAGAAGACAGGAAGAAACUGUACUCGAACUUUGGUCUCCUCUAUCCAUAUGGUCACGAGGAGCUUGCUAUCUGCGAAGACAUAGAUCAGGUUCGUGGUGUUAUGGAGAAGUACCCUCCUUACCAAGCAAUAUUCUCCAAGAUGUCUUAUGGAGAGAGCCAAAUGCUUGACAAGGCGUUUUAUGAAGAAGAAGUGAGAAGGCUUUGCUUAGCCUUUGAGCAGCAGUUCCAUUACGGGGUGUUCUUUGCGUAUAUGAGGUUGAGGGAGCAGGAGAUCAGGAACCUGAUGUGGAUAUCGGAAUGUGUUGCACAGAACCAGAAGUCAAGGAUCCAUGACAGUGUUGUCUACAUGUUCUGAGUCUCUGGUAAGAAGUGAGAAAAAAAAACACAAUCUGAAAGAGAACCAGUUUAGUGGUUGUUGGUUUUCUUCAUUGCUCUCCAGACUCUUGUUUUUACCAGAGAAAGCUGCUGUACAAUCUGCGGUUGUUUACAUUCACUGUUUAUGUUACGUGUGAGUGCGUGUAUUAAAUUAAACCAAUAAGAGAAAGAGUCUCCUCCAAUUCGUUUGUUUGUCUUUUGCCAAUGUAUUUGCUUGCUUAUGUUGCCAAUAAACUCUUGUAAUAAUAUAUCACACUAUUUGUUUUUCUUUUCACUGGAAUUUGUAUUGAUAAUACUGAUUUGGAAAGGGUUACAGAUUAGAAGAGAAAC